ACAAUUAAAACUAGCUAAAAAACAAAAUUGGAAAACCGCCACCUGUGGGUGUAACUUGUGUCGGCCGGGGUUAGGUCGAUUUUGGAAUUGAGUCAUGUUUCUAAGGGGGAUUUUAAAAGGACCCACCUAAAGACAUGAGAGGCCUAGAGAGAGAGAGAGUUUCUUGGACACGAGGAAGACGACCAGCACGGGGUUGGGAACAUUCCGGCCAUCAUGAUCGACAUCGCAGAUUUCAGCCAGACUGGAGGAUGGACCGAGCAACUUAUAAUCAAGCGGUGCCGUUCUUCUUUACGAACUUUCCUGAUGACUGGACACACGAUCAAAUGUGGAGAACUUUCUGCAAAUUUGGAAGAUUACUGGAAGUCUAUGUUCCAGACAGAAAGGACAAGUAUGGCAGGAGGUUCGGGUUCGCCAGAUUUCAGGACGUGAAAAACACGAAGGCCCUUGAGGAGGAGCUGGACCAAAUCAAGAUCGGGGGACUCAAGCUGCACGUGAAUCAGCCGCGGUUUGCUCGCCAAUCAAAAACAGUGACUGCAAACACCUAUGGAAACAAGGUUGGGUUUACUCUCAAAGGACCUGCUGAACAGCUAAAAGUCUCUUAUGCAGACGCUCUAAAAGGAGGAAGCCGGCCAUCACAAGGGAAUAAUCUGGCCGAAGGUAGCAGACACCCAAGUACAAGGAUGACGAACGAGAGAAUGUGGGUUGCAAAGGACCAGAAACAUGGAUGGAAAGGAUGGUCUUUCAAUGUUGAUGAGAAGGAGUACACAUGGGUUGAAGGAAGUUAUGUUGGCACAGCAAGAGCAGUUGAACUUAUUCCAACACUCCAAGAAAAAUUUUAUAUGGAGGGAUACUUCUCUCUUUCAUUGAAACCAAUGGGUGGGAAACUUGUAUUAAUGCAAUGCCAAGACAAGGAAGAGUUACAGUACUUGGUCGAAAAUGCUGGAGAUUGGCUUGCCCAAUGGUUCGAUGAAGUGAGGCCUUGGACUCCUUCUAUGGUGGCCUCCGACAGAUUCACUUGGAUCAAAUGUCAAGGUGUGCCAUUGCAUGCUUGGGGCCCUAAGUUCUUUGAAGAUCUUAGCAUGUUCUGGGGGAAACUCAUCACACUUGAUGACAGCACCAGCAACAAGAAGAGGUUCGAUGCAGCUCGGUUCCUUAUAUCUACUCCAUGCUCAGAAGUGAUAUCCAAAGUAAUGACCGUGAAGAUUAAUGGGGAGUUUUACAACAUCAAGUGUGUUGAAGAGGAAACAACAAACAAUCUUUUCUCAAUGAAAUCUGACUUCAAAUUUAAGGCCCCCUCUGAUAGUAGUGAUGAUAGUGAAAAUUGGUCAUUUAACUCCUUUGAUGAGGCCUUGUCUCAAGAAGGCUGUGGGCAUUUUUCAGCCCUUGCCGGCUCCGAAGGUGAGGAAGAUGAUGAUGUGGCAUUAGGGAAUGAGGAAAAUGGGGACGUGGCUGCAAACCAAGAAAUGGGUGAAGAGAGAUCAGCUUCACAACGUUCAAAUUAUUCAAAAAUUUCAAAUUGUGGAAAUCUCAAAGGAUUGACAUGGGAAACUCAAAUAUCCUCCUCGAAUAUGAUAAACAGCACCUUCCAAGGAAGCUCUAAUGAUGUUCCUGACUCAUUACAGUCAACUGAAGUGCAUAAGAUGUCAGGACAUUUAAUGAGCAAUGCCGGAAAAUCAGCUGGAACAGAGACAAUUGAAAAAUGCAGUGGCGGGCUUAACUCAAUGGAGGCUAUUAUACUGGGCCAUGUUGCUGGGCCUGAGACAAAAAAUGGGAAGGAGGUAAAUUGGCGAUUGGAGCAGGCCCCUUUUAAGCCUAUUACAAAAAGUCCCUUAAUCCAUGAUAACAUCAGGGAAAGUAGAAGAAAUAUCCCAAAUACAGAUCAAGACAGAACAGAGAGAGUAAAUACCCCAAAUGCAGAUCAAGACAGAGCAGAGAGAGUCUCGAAAUUUGAUGAUGAGCUUCAUUCUUUUCUACAAAACAUGGAUAGCGAUUCUGGUGCUAUACAGGAAUGGAUGCGUGCUAGAGAAAGGAAGAAGUCAAGAAAAAGGUGCAGAAAAGCCAAAUCAUGCGCAGAGGUGUAUAGGGAAUCAAAAGUAACUUCAACUGUUUCAAGAAGUAGAAGGGGUAGAACCAGCAAGAGCACUGCAGCGGAAGCCGCACAACCGGAGUUUAUGGCUAAUUCCGGCAACGAAGUGGCGGAUGACUCUAUUAGCGACAGUAAUAUAAACAAUCGCAACAAUUGCAUUUUGCAGAAGAUGAAGGCGUUUGGUGCUACGGAGAUUUGGGACUUCGCCAAAUCAAUCGGUGUUGUGGCGACUGGAAAAGAGGAAGAAGUUCUGAAAAGACUAGAGCAACUUGAAACGCGAGAUGGCCGGCAACAAGUUGAGGAUCCUUCGAGGAAGCAGAGGAACGACAUUGCAGGGGAAGGUACUUUCCAAUGAUCUUUCUCUCUUUCAAUACUAGAGGCAUAGGGGGUGGGUGGAAAAGAAAAGAGGUUAGGAAACUGGUAGGAAAAGAAAGAGUGGAAUUUUUGAUGAUGCAGGAAACCAAAAUGGAGAAAAUUGACAAAAGCAUUUGUAGAGAUCUUUGGGGUACAGAUGAUUUUGAUUGGGUUGCCCAAGAGUCAAAUGGUAGAUCUAGGGGGCUAAUCUGCAUCUGGAAUAAAGAGGUUUUCAAGAU